AUUUCUUGUAGGCAAAACAUUGAUCAUCCUCAGAUUAUAUAUCAUUAAUGUCUUUUGCUGUCACUUUCUUGUUUCAUACAUAUACUAUUUAUUCCUUGUCUUUAAUGGAGCUCUUCUUGUUCUCAUCUCUAAGUAUUUUAAUACGCAAACAUCAUUUUCAAAUACACCGUAGCUUAUAUCUUCAAUCCCAAAGCUUCUUCAUCUUCUUGACUUCCUUCACGCUUCCGACGAACAUCUUCAGUCAUGGAAUCCAGAAACCAAACCCAAAUCAAGAAAACAAAGCACCACAACGACACGGAUGAAGGUGAUCCCAGUACUGCUAACUCCUUCGCUCAACUGCCAUAUGAAAUAGUCAUUGACAUCCUCUCCAGGCUCCCCAUCACAUCCCUCAUCCGUCUCAGCUUCGCCUGCCGAUCAUUCAACUCACUCUCCCACGACCCCAACCUCGUUAACUUGCACCUUUCUCGAUCGUCCAUGAACGAGAGCUCAUGCCUCAUCUUCCACUCCGAUUACCCCAUCCGGAACCAGCUCCACUUCCUCCAACUCUCGGACGAAAGACUCAGAAGAAUCGACACCCCUUUCGCCGUCUCCAUGCCUGAAUUCAGCAUACUGGGUUCGUGCAAUGGUUUACUGUGUUUGAUCAAUACGUUGUUCCAGGAGUCCAUUAGCUUGUACAACCCUUUCACAAGAGCCUACCUUGAGCUUCCCAAGAACUAUCAUUUGCAAGAUCAGGUAAUCGUGUAUGGAUUUGGCUUUCAUCCCGUCACCAACGACUACAAGGUGAUCAAGAUCGCGUACCACACGGUUUCCUUUUACCGCCGCAUGGCUAGAAAUUUCCGGGGCUUCAAGACUCAUCAAACCAGGCAAGAAUCAGAAGUUUGGGUGUAUAGCCUAAGUAGGAACGUGUGGGAGAACAAAGGGACCGUGCCGUACAGGUUGGAGAAAUGGUCGUCGCCUGGAAUUCUCGUGAGCGGACGGCUUCAUUGGGUGAGCCUGUGGGGCAAGUUCAACGGCCGCCUGAGUCGGGCAAUUGUAGCUUACGAUGUGGCCGAUGAUUCAUUUCACUUGAUCACGAAUCCCGGGUCCGUUUCCGGGCCUUUUGGGAGGUGGGCAGGCUGCAAUCUUGCGGCGCUGGACGGAAGACUAUGCGCUGCUGUGCCUCUGCCUCCGGGACAUGGGGCGUUGGACAUAUGGGUCUUGAAAGAGUACGGAGUGAGUGAGUCUUGGGUGAAGGAGUACAGUGUGGGAGUAUACUAUCCGGUGUCGAUGAUCAGUCCGGAGCUGGAGAGAUCGCUUGGUGUCUGGCGGAAUAUGGUUGGUAAGAAAUCAGUGCGGGUGUUGUGUGUUUUCAGGAAUGGGGAGGUGGUGUUGGAGUACAGGGGAGGAGGUUUGGUUGCUUAUGAUCCAGAGAAUGGGAGUUUUAGGGAAUUGGUGUUUGAUGGGAUGCCCAGGAUUUAUCAGACCACGCUUCAUGUUGGUAGCCUUCAAUCUGCGGCUUCCCCCUUAUGAUUUUUGGGCAAAUUUUAAUUCGGAUUGGAUAUCAACAAAUUUAAAUUAAUUGUAGAACAUAUUAUAGCGUAAUUGAUGUACAAUUAAAAAAUCAAUCAUAUAUAUCAUAUUUAUUAUGUAAUUAAUUUGAUUUCAGGCUGCACAAAAAUUCCCCUCAUUUAUUCUAUGUAUAUCCAUUGAUCUAGAUAUGCAUAUAUUCAUACAUGCCAUGUGUUUCUUGAUCAAUGUGGUGCAAUUUUCCUAGCAAUUGCUCUU